AUGCUGAACUCAUUUUUACGCCUACAGAAGACCGUACCAGAGAAGUUCACGAUCAGAGAUAUGAUUGCUGCAUCAUACAUCAACGUAAUCACCGCCCACGACGUUGUCGCCAUCACAUUGCGAGCCGUCGUCUACUACCUCGCCAAAGACCCUGGCGUCCAGAAGAAACUACAGAAGGAGAUAUCCGACGCAGAAGCGGCAUCGAAACUGUCAACCCCGGCCAAGUACUCCGAAAUCACAUCGCUGAGCUAUCUUAUCUUCGGAGAGGACUCGCGUCUCUUCAAUCCUGAAAGAUGGAUCGAGAGGGAACUACGGGAUGUGACUAGGAUGAAGAGCAAUGUGUUCACGUUUGGUGCUGGUGCGCGAAACUGCAUUGGCAAGAACCUGGCGAUGAUGCAGCUUACCAAGAUCAUCGUGGAGCUGUAUCGCCAUUUUGAUGUUAAGCUGGCUGGCCCAGAUAAGGAAUGGAGUGUCUCCGGUGGUUGGCUUACCAGACAGUCCGAGAUGGAGACUGUCCUGACCAAACGGGAAUAG